GUCUCAGACAGACGCACUCCUCCAAGCCAGCCAAGAUGUUCCGCUUCAUUCUUAUCGCCUCCGCCGUCCUGGCUUGCGCCUCUGCCGCUUCCCAAUACAGCCAGGAUGCUGGUGCCUACAUCACCAAGAGUGGUGUCGACAUUCAGCCCGAUGGUCACUACAACUUCGCCUACGAGACCAGCAACGGAAUCGCCGCCCAGGAGUCCGGACUUGGAGGAUACCAGGCCAACGGAGGCUACUCGUACUACUCGCCCGAGGGAGAGCUGGUCCAGGUCCAGUACGUGGCUGACGAGAACGGCUUCCAGCCCCAGGGAGCCCUCCUGCCCACCCCUCCCCCAAUCCCAGCCGCCAUCCUGAAGUCCUUGGAGUACAUCCGCACCCACCCCCAGUACGUGGAGUCCCAGUACCAGCCACAGUACCAGUCCCAGUCCCAGUACCGUAAGGCGAGCACCUUCCGCGGUUAAGGAGUAAGACUUCUGUGAUAACCUCUUAAAAGCUUUAUUACGAUUUGUAAAAUGUUAUUGUGGAAAUUAAGUAAAUGAAAAAGAAUUGAAGAAUACUAUUAAAA